GACGGAGAGAGAGGGAGAGGGAGAGAGAGGGAGAGAGAGGGGGGGACGGAUCGAGAAUGGCGACUGUCCAGUGCAUCAAAUGCACGGCAGAAAGAAGAGGGUUUCGGCGGGAACUUGACUCCUGGCGACACAAACUGAUACACUGCAUUGGGUUUGAAAGCAUUCUGGAGGGAAUCUAUGGCCCACUGCUGCUCAGAGACCUCAAUUUAUUUGCCGACUGUGAACCUGAAGAAGUGGAUGACUGGUCCCCAGAUGGAAGCUGUUCUCAAUGUUCGUUCUGCCAUCUCCCCCUGGACAAACUCAGUGAUCAAGUCCCUGCAGCCUCGCCGCCCCUCUCCUCCCCCUCUGAAUACUCUCCUUGUCAGGCUUCGACUGCCAUCGAGAGCCAAUCAGCACACAGGUUCCUCCAAGCUGUGUUUCACAAGAAAGACGUGCCCUCGAGCUGCGAUUCCAACAUUCCUCUGAUUGCUCAGGAGCUGAUGAAAAAGAUGAUACAUCAGUUCGCCCUGGAGUACGCGUCCGAGUGCCUGCUCCAGACCAGUGCAAACGGGGUCACAAGGACCUCGUCUCCUCUGUCAGAAGCGUCUGACGCCCCUCUGGACCUCACCGUGAGCCGAACACACGAGGGGAAAGAAAGUGAACCUGAACCAGACGGCGUGCUUGACCUUUCUAACCGAAACUCUGCCUCCUCAACAACUUCAUCAUCGUCGUCGUCAUCUGACCACAAGGCCUCGGGCUCCCCGCAGUCAUCGCUCACAGAAGAACAAAGACAUCAAGUACAGCGGAGGACUAAGUUUCGCUGUGUGUUGGAUGCUGUUCUCAGUUCUUUGUGCCGAGCCCACCGCUCCUUACUCUACCAGAUCCUGAAGCUGGCGCGUCAGGAAAACUUGCUGUUGUUUGUUCAUGACACACAUGUGGAUCAGACUGAACCUCACUGCUGUCACUCCGGUGGAAAGCCCCAGGCUGCACCUCAUUCAGGCUCUUUCAGUCAGUGUAAACCCCACAACUGUACCCAGUGUUACCCUGCAGCUGGCUGCGAUCGUCAAGCUGUCGGCAGCACAGUGUGCCAUCCACAACACCGUCAGUCCGCCUGUAGCUCCCACCACUCCCAUUGUGAAGACUGUAAAAGUGACAGUCUGCACAACAUAAACUACAGCUGUGUGCCUAUGUGCAGGUUGGGAAAAUACACUGUCGGGUGCUCAAAGAGGACGCACUGCGUCUCCUGCCAAAGCUUAACUGCUGGACAUAACAUAAUGUGUUCAUUUGCACCCUCUCCUUCGUUGUGUGGUCCGUCCUCUCGUGUCUGCCCCACCUCAUCUGUAGGAAGUAAACAUCACAAUCCCCACUCCUGUCCCUGUUGUACAAGCAAAACCUGCCUGACACAAGUCAGGAGCUCAACAAAACAAGAGCUUGGUGAUGGAGAUCCUCCUUGUCCUGUCCUGAAAAGAGAGCAGAGCCCUUCUCCUCCCCCUCUGUCUCCUAUUCCAUCAGACGUCAACAAAAAAACAGAUGAAAAACCACCCUCCCUGCUUCACCAUCAGCAAGAUGAACAAACAGAAUCAAGCACUGAAAUUAGUCAGGCGAGAACGAGCCGUCAAGAAACAGAUGUGGACUCAGCUGCAGGAGAUGAGUCACGGUGUGAAACCCCCGACAGUAAUCAGGCUGAAACGAACCAAAGUGGGACUUUACUGCAAGAUGUUAUGAAUCGCUUCAGUGAGAAGCUGGACACCAUCAGACCUCUAGACAAGGACCCUGCGUCAGCUUCUCCAGGCGUCUGUGUCUCUGAGAAGGAAAAACUGCAAUUUCCCUCAACCAGUCAGAACCUGCCGUUUCAUGCUGAUGCACAUUUGACUGAAAUCAUUACCACAGUGCUUCACACGGGUCGUGCUAGUGACUACAAUCUCAGUGAGCUGUUCAAUCGCCACGAUAAUGGAGAAUCCAAGUCACCUAAUACUCGCUCCCGUCGUCGCCAGGAAGUCCUUGCUGCUAUUGCAACACCUGCUGACGAUGCUUCGACCAGAAGGCACACUUUACAAAUAAAGCGAGAGCUUGCCCUGCUCGAUCAAUCCUGCAGUAAGAGGAGGGUCCCGCCAGCAAAGAAGUCAAGAUUGAAACAAGGAAAUGCUACCCUGGUUGUGCCACGUCCUCCGUCAGACCCCGAUGAAGUUAAAGAAAUAUCUAAAGAGGAAACUAAUGUUAGUGUGUCAUCUGUAGAAAAUGACAAAGUAAAGGAAGGACUCCCUAACUUGCUUCCAACAGAAAUCAACAGCAAUGAUCUUAAAGAAGAGAUUCAGACUGUGAUUGUCACAGAAGAAUUUCAGACUCCUAAAUUCAAAGGAAAAGAAAUAUCCAGUGAUGAAAACGAGUUUCCCUUCUCACAUACUCAAAAUCCCACCCCAGACUUACCAUGCACGUUUGGCAAGCAGGACUCGAAAGAUGAAAGUUUAGACACUCAAGAUAAUUCAGGGUCUAUUACGCCAACACAACGGUUUCGUAGCCCCAUUAAAAGUCAGGUAGAGGUCAGCGGUGCUGUACAAAACAAGGAACUUGUGAAUUCCUCCUCAGUUCACAUCUCUGAGACUGAAAAAGCAGGACAAGAUAAAGAGUACCACAAUCAAGGUAAAAUGAGAAAGCAAACCCAGUUAAACCACUCUAAAGAGGCAAGAAGAUCCAGAAGAAAUAUAGUUCCUCCACAUCGAUUUUCAUCUUAUGUUACAGAGCCCAGGAAGAUGUUCUUUGUUGCCUGUUUUUCUGAAAAGAUCUUUAAUCGUGAAGCACAAAAGGACAGUGACUUAACACCCAAUGUGCUGCCUACCUUAUCUAAAGAGCCAGACAAAACAGACACGCAGCUUGUAUCAAGAGAUGAGGAACAUUCAUCUUUACCUGAGAACCCAGGGAAACUUCCCAUUGAAGCUUCACAAAAGCACCAUGGACCAACGUCCAGGAAACGCAAAAAUGAAGUCUGUGUCCCACCACCGACUGUGGAUAAAGUACAUACUCCUGAAAAAGACAGCUCAGACAACACAAAUGGCAGUGACUGUGAUAUGACGCCAGUUAGAAAACUGAGAUCAUCUCCAAGAAGACCACGGCCCCCAUUGACGUCCAGUUCUCCAUCAGAUAAGGAUGUCUCUAUCACGUCUGAGGCCUGUGUUGAGAACCAUUCCAAAUCUCAAAUCCAGUACACCAGUCCUAUUAAGCUCAUGUUUGUAUCCCCAGUAAUGGACAAAGAAGGAAUCAGAUACAGCCUCAAAUCUGCGGGCUCUGGUUCUGAUAGACAAGAAGAGCAUUUUGAUCCAUAUGAAGAGUCCUCAUGGUCUGGCACUCCACAGAAGCACAACAGUCCACCCAAGGAACCUACAACACCUCGAGAAAAAUCAGUCUCUUCACCACUGAAAACUGCUACCUCACGCACGAGAUCUGCUUCUUUAUCACCCAAGUCUGUGUCUUCCCCAGUCAAGUUAGCCUCAACAUCCAGGUCUGCCUCUUCAUCUCCCAAAUCUGCCUCUUCACCAUUUAAGUUUGCCUCCUCUCACAGGUCAGCUACGUCACCUAAAAUUGGUUCAAGGCGAUCAGGUGAAAGCACUCCAACUAAGCGAACAACAGGAAAUGAGAGCAAGGGGUCCCCAAGUAACUUGGCAUAUCUCCAUGAGACCACUCCUCCAAAACGGCGUCCAGGCCGACCGAAGAAACUGGGGCCUCAGCUGGAGCAAAAAGUGAAGAGGCCAAUUGGUCGGCCACGUAAGGAGAAGGCUGUACAUCCAGUAACAGAGGCAAAAACAAAUGGGAAAGAUCUCCCAGCAUCUGACGAAGAAAAUGUUAACAAGAAUCUGAAAAUAACAGUGAUGUAUGGUCGUUCAAGGAGAAAUAAACGAACAGUGUCUGAAAGUUUUGACCAGUUGCAGACAGAAUUCAGUGACGCUUGUAAAGCAGUGGGUCUUAAAAGUGACUUUGGCAUGUUAUUGCACAACUCCAGCGCCAACCCAGAUUGUGUCAAAGCCUCAGAGGAGUUGAAUUUUGUCUCCCCUGCAAAAGAACUUGCCCUUCAGUCUUGCAGGAAUAUCAAAUGUCAGAAGCGGGAUGAAUCUGCGCCAUCGAGGAAACCAGGUAGACCAGCAAAAGUUAAAAUAUCUGGCAUCUCAGUCACAGUAACUACCGUGUCACCAAGGCAACGCAAAAUUCAGAUAAAUAAAGAUCCUCUGCAGCCUUCUGAAACUACAAUUCAUAAGAAGUCCCUUCUGCCACAUUUCAAAUCUGCCAAAGAGCCCCGGACAAUCAGUAGUCACUUACCAAGCAAAAUAACUCCAUCAGAGGAGGUUAUAGAAACCAGAAAUGAAAAUAAAGAUGAACUGUCAAAGAAACCUGUGGCAGUGCGGCACUCGAUGAGAGUGAGAAAACCCUCAGUCCACUUCCUUCGGGCUGUUGCCACUUCCAGUUUCAAAUCCUACAGCCGUAGCAAUGCUUUGCUGCGCCGUUCUAAGCAACUUCUCCUGAGCAAGGCGAGCAAUGAAAGGAGACAGGAGGGUCUCCAGAGAAGUGUGGAAACUUCAAGGGAGGAUAAUCAGCUGUCAAGACAGGAAGAAAAGAGCUGCUCUCAAGACAUUAGCAAAGUGGCAGGAGUAUCCGUCGCUCCAAUCUUCACCUCAAAAGAGACAAAGUGGUGGACACCAUCAGCUGAACAAAAGACGAUGAACCAGGAGCUUGCCAGGCGGAUACGGGUCAUCUCAGACACCUGGGUCUCAGACUCAGUGGAAAACAAAGAAACACCUUUGAAUCCUAAAUUGGGUUCGAAAGGCGUGGGUUCUGUUACCAGAAAAACAAAGCAGUCGUCUGUGGUCCGAACGCUGUUUGACUGUUCACCAAACAAACCAAGGUCCUGUAGCAUGCAGCAGAUCUGCUCCUGGUUCAUGCAGACCACAGAGACUCGGUCUCUGUCUAUUGUCAAGAAGGCAAGCUCCCGUAAUCUUUAUGAUCCUGUGCAAUUUUCUCGCUCUGCCAACAAAACAAGUGUUUGCAACAGUCCUCAAGCGGAGCGGCUUUGGCGACACAUUAAGAAAUUUGCCAAAGUUGUGCCAAAAACUCCUUCACAACACCAUGAGGCCCAGAGACGGUUGAGAAAAAGUAUUAAGGCACGCCUGUCAACACGUAAUGUUGAAGGACGACUUUUUACUAGCAAGUUUUCAAAGGGGAAAGUAAAUCAAGGAAUCCAGGUGUGGAAAGGCAAGGACUCAGGUAGUUUCCAAGCGACGCUGAUAAGAGCAAGAACAAGGUUUUUAACCAAGAAAGACAGGCUGGGAUGGCAAGAAAUGCAGAAAAAGAAAAACAAAGCAGCAUUUUCUUCACUUGAACAUAGAGCUACGACACGUCAACCUAAACGUAAAGCAUUACAGAGCUCAGAAAAAGAUGAUUCCAACAGUUUGGAGAGCAGGUCUGCCGUUAAUUCUGCUGACCAAACUCAGGAGCCUGUGGAUGUAUGCAAAGAGCUGAACCUCUGUUCUAAAGCCUGGAGUCCCGAGACUCUGAAGGAGUGCCGAGUGUUUCUGAGGAAGAUCAACUCUCCAGACACCGAAUCAACUGAAGAGGAGUGGGACUCCUGUACUGUGACACUGGACAAUGGGUCACAUUCCGCGUACCUGUUUGCAGGAAGGGGAAAGGAACUGGUUAGGGUUGUUAAAGCUGUGAAAACUGAAAGAAAAAAGAGAGCGAAUCAGAAAGCCGCCUCUACAGAGCUAGUCGGUUCUACACCAAAAUCAGUCCUUAAACAGGAUGAAACGUCACUGAAGAGGCAGAGAGGCAGACGCAAGAGUCCCGAGGUUGUGUCUUCUGAACCAUCACAAUCACCACCAGCGAAAAUGUUGCGACAAUCGCGAGUGAGGGGCCUGACCGGGCCGAAGUGGUCUGACUUUGUAUUCGAAAGCUAAAUGAAGCACAUGGCCUCUUCCUUGGAAAGGGACUGUGGUUUAACUUGGUGCCUUUGGACAUUGAGCUGACCACGUAGACUGACCAUUCCACUAUGGCUCAGUCUUACCAUCAGCGCUUAUGUAGCAGUCUAAC